AUGUUUUAUUAUUAUCGUAAUUGCUGUCUAAAAAAAGUAACUUAUUCUGGAGAUUAUAAAAAUGGCAAGAAAGUUGGGUUAUGGUAUCUAAGGCAUUAAGAUCAGAAGAUGUAAAAGAUUUUAUAUGAAGGGAAUAUCAAAUAUAACAUAGUGGUUGCGGAUCAUAUGAUAAAGAAGGUAUGAAGUAGGGUAUUUGGGUUGAAUUAUGGUGACUAUUCGUGGAAUGCUUAUGUAACUUAUAGUGGUUAAUAUAAAAAUGAUAAUAGAGUUGGUAAAUGGGAUAUUUGGUAAAUAAUAAGAUGUAAUAAUAUUUUCUAAAGUGAUAUCGAAUUAAUAUUAUAGAGGAGUGGUUAAUAUGAUGAAAGAGGUGAAAAGUUUGAUAAUUGGGUUGAAAUGAAAUUUGACAUCUGGUAUAAAAAUUAAUUCACAUUAAGUGGGGAAUAUUAAAAUGGUAAAAAGGUUGGUAUAUGGAUAGAAUUGAAUAGGAAUGAGAAACUUAGUGAGAUCAUAUAUGAUUAUUGA